GUUCCGAAAAUGCUUUUAACGGAAAACUUUUCUGUUAAAAGCAUUUGCAGAAAAUCAUGCCAGUCUAGACAUAGCCUCUAUGUUCACGAAGGACCCACCCUUCUCAGUUUCUAUGUCUCUCAUGCAUCCGAUAAACUUCCAAGCGCCAGCGGGUACCCAGAGCCACCAGCAUUAUUCCGUGUGUGUCUAUGCCAGGUGCCAACCUUUCUACUGGCCCAUGAUCCUUGGGCCGCUGAACGGGUUCCUCGUGGAAUCUCACCAGUGGGAAACCCAACUAGCACGUUGGCCAAGCCUUGGUGUUGGGAACAGCGUUCCGUCUAGCUGGGAACACGGCACAAGCAUACUUUGUAGCUGCGGUGCCUCCGAGGGAUACUAACCAAGUCAUCUGCUUGCUGGCUGGCGUGGCAUUAGCUCAGCAUCAUCCGUGCAUUGGUAACAGGACGCAAGUGCAGCGGGUGUGAGGAAUCCGUGCACCAUGGCGUGUUAUAGAGCAGCGAGGAAAGGGAAAAGGCUUCCGAAGACAUUCCCUUUCUUGAGGUAACCCCUUCUUGGACGCCAGCUCUCUCUGAGGGAUCACCACCCAGGGGGUUCCCACAUGCCUCUUCUGCUCCUGGGGAAAGAUGAGUCUUUAGCGCUAGCUCCGCCAAGAGGGAGGACGUGGCCACGAUGCUUCUUAUGCAAACCCAGUGACCUGUCAGGUCUGGACCAUUUAACCUAGGCCCUGAACCCGGGGCCUAUAUCCCCUUCCAACUCAGUUAUGUCCCCUGCCCACAGUUGCAGGAGAGCUUUGGGGGAACUGAGUUUCAGGUUGCUGGAAAUUCUGGGGGGAAAAUUAUUUGGGGGUCCAACCUUCAGAUUUUCAGUGACCCCGAGCCUCAGAUGUAUUUUAUUUUGGGUCAGGCAAGAGAUUUGCUCCCCUCCAAAAGUGGCAUUUGCCUUCCAUUCAGAAGAGUAGAUUUAUUUUGGUUACCCAGCGCGAUCUCUGGACACACAGGGCCCCUCUGCACCUUCGUCUCUGCUACAGGGAGCUGCAGGAGCCGACGGUUUGGGGCAGUCGCCAGGGAUGCAAUAGGCCGGGGAUUCCAGGUUGGAGGUGCUACCUGCGGGACGGGGAGACGUGCGGAAAAGGACCCAAGGCGGUUGCAGUGCCAGACACUUCCAAACGCUGCCUCGGCCACAAACAGCCGGAUAGCUCCAGCGGCGCCCCUCUCACUCGGCCCAGCCCAGACAGCAAUGUCACCCCUAGGCCCAGAGAUGAAUCCGUUCCCUGCGAGCCAGGCUCCAUGGCGCUGUGCAAAACGCCGGCCUGGCCAGUGUGUGACAGGCAGGGCGGGAAGAGGGAAGUUUGUAGUGAUCCCUGAAGAGGCGGGUCGUCCUUCCUUCCACUCAGUAUCCCGCCAGAGGCUUCUCCUAGGGCUGACCACUCGGCUCCGUGUGCAAUGGGAUUCCUGCAUGCAACUGCAGCUGUUUGGGCUUACCGGUUAGUGCCUUGGACGCACCGUGAGGCCAGAAACAUCUGGGCGAUAAACACCGAUAAGAAUUCUCCCCUGCACUUGCUGGUCCUGAUAACGAUUGACUGCAACCUCCCAGGCGUGCGACACCUUCCUGCUUAACACCAGCUGAACAUUUUCCUGUUCUCCAGCCCGUGUAAGAUCGUUCUGCGUAGCCCUCUAUCACAUUUUGUUUGCUCAAGGGUUGGAACUGCCAGCAACUUAUAUAAGCAUGUCUUCGCACCGUAUAUAAGCAUGUUGCAAACAGCCGCUACCCACAGGCUGCCUGCUUCGCCGAGGCCAAAGACUUUGCCAGAAUGAAAGGCUUCCUGGGUUUCUUUCUUGCCUUUGGCAUGUUGGUGACACUCUGUGAUGCAGCCUGUUUCAUUGAACCAGCUAACCCGUCCAUCAAAGGUUGUGUGCAAGAUGGAAUUCGAUACCCGUACGGUGCCACGUGGGUGAAGGACUGCAACAGCUGUACCUGUUACCAGGAUGGAGCACAGUGCUGCACCACCUACGGCCGCCCUACUGGCUUUGAUGAAAAGAAAUGUCAUCUCGUCUUCCAUACGGAAUCCUGCAGCUACUCAGUGGUGGAAAAAGACAACCCCUCUAAAACCUGUGAGUUCACAGGCAUGGUGGGUUAAGGAAUGACUCCCUUCCAGGUUUAAGUCACUCCUGGAAUAAUUCCUUUCUCCGAGCGGUGUGAUUGUACUUUCCCUGUCCCCUGUGUAGCCUUUACUCUCCUAUCAAGGCAACCAGCGUUGUUUCGGAGUUCGUGGCUCACACCUGAUCAAAUAAAACAGCCAGCU